GAUCAAUCAAAAAUAAAUUGGAUUGGCAUUGACUCGAUUCAUCUGCCUUACUGGCGAAGCAAAUCCCACGUUAUAAUUAGCCCAACGAUCUGCAGCUUUUCUCAUCCUCUCCACUCUCUCACACCCACACAGCAAUGGAGGAGCCUCUGCUUUCACCAGGGAGAAGCGGCGAAUUGGGAGAGAAGGGGAGUGAGAAAUGGAGCUCGUACGAGUACGUGGGAAGAGCUGGGUCGGUGAUUCCGACGGCAGCGCUGGCCGGGACUGAUGUCAGCGUCGAGGAGAUACGGUCGGCGGCUGCUGAUUCUGAUCGCUACCCGCCUUCUAUCCAUGCCGGUCUGGUUAGUCCGCAGGAGCCUGAUCCUUCUGAGCAAGCUGUUGCUUAUCAAGGUGGAUAUGGUGGAGGUUAUGGUGGCGCCACAAGUGAACUCCAUAGGCAAAUACUGGAUGAAGUAGAAAUACGAGAAUUGCUCAUUGAUCAUGUUGGGCAUAGAUGCUGUUGGGGAAGUCGUCCUGCACGGACCUGGAAAAUUGAAAAAGUAGAAGAUUGCAACGUUUAUGUGGGAACACUGGAUACUUUCAUUGAAGAAAGGGAAACCUUAAGAGAAACGGAGCCAUACCUUGGUGGCAAUAUUGAUGGAAAAGAUAAGGGGCCAGAACUUGGAAUCUGGGAAUUGGAUUUGAAGUCUCAGUUUCCUGUUUUAUUUAUACCCCAUCAUGAAUCACGGGCAAUAAUUCCUCAUUCUGAGUCCAUGGAAAAAUGUUCAGGUUGUGGGGGAAGAGGUGGUAAUGUGUGUCCUACAUGCAAUGCAAAUCAAGAACCUGGAUUCUACAAAGAAAAUCAGAUGGCUACGUGUUCUGCUUGUUAUGGAAGGGGCUUAAUUGCUCAUAAAGAUGGAUCCGACUCGAUAUGUGGGAGUUGCAAUGGUAAAGGAAAGAUCCCUUGUCCAACAUGUGGAUCUCGUGGUUUAAUAAAAUGUUUGACAUGCCAAGGGAAUGGUUCUCUUUUGACACGUAAUGUUGCCCUUGUUAAAUGGAAGACGCUCUCAACCAGAAAGGUAAGUGCAACUAGCGGAGCAGCAUCUGUUCCAGAUGAGGUUUUCCACAGAGCAAAAGGAGUCCAGUUGUGCAACACUCAGGCAUACCAGUGCACGCCAGCCUUCUUUGCCGACUCUUUCUUCCUUAACCAGUUCUCCUCCGAAGUCAUUGCAGACAGAGCUCAUGUACCUCUCACUGCAAGGGUGGUGAGUGAGAGGCACACGAUCUCCGUUGUGCCAGUGACACGUGUCACCAUGGCUCAUCGUACUCGGUUGUUCAGUUUCUAUAUCAUCGGGUUUAGCAGGGAGGUGUACUUAAAGGACUACUAUCCCUCCAGGUUUUGCUGGGGGUUGUGCCCUUGCUUGGAGUGGUUGAAGUUGUGAAGUUGAAGAUUGUCAAUCCUAUAUCAAAUUUGCUAGUGGUUUGCUCCCUUCGGUGAGAAUAAUAAAUAAUGUUGCUGCAUCUGUGCACAAGAGUCUAGAGGCGGUCGGUAGACUUUGGUUGGAGGUCUCAAAUUCGAUUCACACGGAUGCGAGCCCGAUGCGUCGUUGUAGAGAGUCAAAGACUAAAAAUUUUUCCAUUGUCGCUUGUAAACGUAUGCUUAUAAAUAUUAUUAUUCAGCUUGUUUUUCUUGUUAUAAUAGAAUAUUGUGGUUGAAAAUGUUCAUGAGGUU